AUGAUCGACAAGCUCGCCUUCCGAAAUUUCGGAACAGACACGUCGUACCUCCUCAAAGUAUUUCCGCUUCUCCCCGAUUGCAAGCUACGUGAAUUCCACUCGUCCAAAUCUUCUCGGAAACACCAACCGCAUAAGCCAGAAAUCGCAGUCGCGCUCUCAACUUCGAACUCUGCAUCCAGCUUUGAGCCUCACAAUGCCCGCGUCAUUGUCACGAUGCAGACGUUGAAGGCUAUUGUCGGCAAAAUCCUAUCGUCAAGCGAUGAGAAGAUUGUGGGUGUUUGUAAGAAUGCUAUCCAUGCCUACAUCAGCGGAAACAUUGUUGAGUGCAUGGCUCGCAGCGAUAAUACCCUCAGCAAUGGAUUAUGCCCCCGCGUAGAGCGAGAAUCCAUCAUAUUGUUCUACGCGGCCCUAACACUCAGUCUUAACUCUGCAGAUGAGCCUCCUCUCAAGCCCAAGUCGUCUUCUAAAGGAACUUGA